CUCGGUCCAAGCUUCAUUCGCUUACCGACGUUUUGCUGUUGCGUCUGGGAAUGAUGUUUUACAUGUUAUUUACCGUUUUUGCAAUUUGUUUUAUUUUGCUUAGCACAAAAAAUUUUAAAAUAUGCUAGUUUUCAAAAGAAGUUAACAGUUCACAUUUUCUUAUCUUAAUUCUUCAUUAUUAACUAUAACGAAAUCACCCAAGUUUAUAAAGCUCAAUGAAUUCCUCAAUCACGUCUCAUUUUUUACAUAUAGGUGAUAUUAUAUCACUAUAUGCAGAGGGAGCUGUAAAUGGAUUUAUAAGUACACUUGGCUUGGUUGACGAUCGAGUAGUGGUGGAACCAGAUGCUGGAAACUUAGAAAAUCCACCAACAAAGUUUAGAGAUUGUUUGUUUAAAGUACUGCCUAUGAACAGAUAUUCGGCUCAGAACCAGUUUUGGAAAGCUGCAAAACCUACACUCACAAGCACAAGUGAUGCUGUUUUACUUAAAAAGUUACAUCAUGCAGCUGAGCUAGAAAAGAAGCAAAAUGAGGAAGAUAAUAAGAAACUUGUUGGGACAGUUGUUACAUAUGGAGGAAUUAUUCAGUUGCUGCACCCAAAAAGUAAAAAAUAUUUAACUGUUAAUAAGCGACUACCUGCUCUAUUGGAAAAAAAUGCAAUGAGAGUAACUCUUGAUGUAGAGGGAAAUGAGGGUUCUUGGUUUUACAUAAUGCCAUUCUACAAGCUCCGUGCUAGUGGAGAAAAUGUUGUGCUUGGUGAUAAAGUUAUUUUAACUCCGGUAAAUUCAGGGCAGCCUUUACAUGCUAGCAAGGCAAUUUUGCCAGAUAAACCAGGUUUCAGAGAGAUCAACUCUGUCAGCUGUACUACAUGCUGGAAAAUCUCACUGUUUAUGGAUCAUUCAGAAAACAUUGACGAUGUUUUAAAAGGAGGUGAUGUUGUUCGUUUAUUUCAUGCAGAACAAGAGAAAUUUCUUACACUAGAUGAUUACCAAAAGAAAUCUCAAGUGUUUUUGAGAACAACUGCAAGAGUCUCUGCAACAUCUGCUACAAGUUCAAAAGCUCUUUGGAUUGUUGAGGUUGUUCAACAUGAUCCAUGUCUCAGUGGGGCUGCUCGAUGGAAUAGUUUGUUUCGUUUUAAACAUUUAGCUACAGGAAAAUACUUAGCAGCAGAGGUUGAUACUUGUCCAAAUAAAGAUGCAAAUAGACAAAAGCUGAGAGGCACAGGUCAAGUUUAUCACCUGGUUUCAGUUACCAAUCCUAAUGAUUUAGCCACCAUAUUUGAGCUAGAUCCAACCUCUGCUCAAAAAGUGGAUGAUUUAGUUCCUAGAUCUUCGUACACUCGUCUAAAGCACCUUUGCACCAAUACUUGGGUACACUCUACUUCUAUUCCUAUAGAUGUAACAGAAGACAAACCAGUCAUGCACAAGCUUGGAUGUGCGCAAAUAAAAGAAGAUAAAGAAGCUUUUGCAAUCAUUCAAGUUGCUGCAGAAGAAGUGAGAGAUUUAGACUUUGUGAGUGAUGCUAGCAAACAGUUGACCAUUUUUGUAUCUUAUAUGGAAGAAGGGAAUAUUUCACAGUUAGACAGAAGAGCACUUACUCAACUGCUUACUGAUAUGAACUUAUUUAUGUUGAGUAUGGACAUAUCAUCAACAAAACAGGAUGUCUUGCAGCUUACUUGUCCAAAUCCUGAUAGAGAAAGACAAAAACUUAUUCGUGAACAAAAUAUUUUGAAAAAGAUAUUUCAACUACUUCAUGCCCCAUUUUUGGAUAAGGCUGGUGUUGGGCCUAUGCUAAAAAUAGAUGAGUUAUCUGAACAGCGUAAUGCUCCAAUCAGACACAUACUAAGGCUCUGUUAUCGUCUUCUGCAGAACUCAGCCAAUGAUUAUCGUAAGAACCAAGAAUAUGUAGCUAAACAGUUUGGGUUUAUGCAAUCACAAAUUGGAUAUGAUUUAAUGGCUGAAGAAACAAUCACUAACCUUGUUCAUAAUAAUAGAAAGCUGCUAGAAAAACAUAUUACUGCUGCUGAAAUAGACACUUUUGUUACACUUGUACGAAAAAAAAGAGAAUGUCGAUUUUUGGACUAUCUUUCUGAUUUAUGUGUAUCAAAUAACACUGCUAUACCAGCCAUGCAAGAAUUGAUAUGCAAAGCUGUUCUUAACCCUAAGAAUUCUGAUCUGCUUAUUGAAACUAGAAUGUAUCAAGGGGAGGUUCAUUUAUUUUGGGAAGGCGGCUCACAGCAUAAAUCUCAGCGCCAACUUGCAAAAGAUGCUAGUUAUGGACACGUAGAUGAUGUCAAUUUAUUGAACUACUAUAGAUAUCAGUUACAACUUUUUGGGAAAAUGUGUUUGGAUCGUCAAUAUCUGGCAAUAAAUAUUAUAAGUAAACAGUUAGAUCUUGAGUUAAUGUUAAGAUGCAUUGCAGAUCAUGGAUUACCGUUAAGUCUACGUGCUGCAUUUUGUCGGCUUAUGUUACACAUGCACAUUGAUCGUGAUCCCCAAGAACCUGUCUCACCUAUUCGAUACGCAAGACUUUGGUCACAGAUUCCAACUAAAAAUGCCAUAGAAGAAUAUGAUAACCAUAUAAGAGAAGAACAGGGUGACGGAAAAUCUGAAAAGAUCAAUGUUUCUUCAUUUAAACCCACAAUGAAUUUUGUUGAAAAUUAUUUACACACUAUAGCUGUUUCAGCAGAAAUCGAUAUGACUGACAUUGAGCAAAAUAAGCUGACAUAUGAGGUUGUGCAGAUAGCCAGAUAUCUCAUUCAUUUUGGAUUUUAUGGUUUUAAAGAACUUCUACGUCUCACCAAAAUGUUACUUGUUAUAUUGGAUAGUGUAGACUCUAAGUAUUUUGCUAAAACAGAAAAGGAGCAGAUGAAUGUAACAAACACACUUAAAGCAGUUGGUGAUGUGUUGACAAAUGUUACCUUAGGAAUGGAUGCUGAAUGGACAGCUAAUAAUUCUAAUUUGGAUUUUGAGAACAAACCUGUUCAAAAUCAAUCAAAGAAGGAAGAUUUGACUCUGAUGAAUAUAAAACUUAAAAUUAUUGAGAUUCUUGAGUAUAUAAUGAAUGUUCGACUGGAUUAUCGCAUGUCAAGUUUGCUAACUAUCUUUAAAAAAGAUUUUAAUGAAAAUGGAGCAGGUGAAGCUGUUGACAGUGAAGGGGGAGGUGUUGAUUUAGACCACAUAAGUGCUGAGGCAGAGAAAAUGUUUGAGACUUCAAUAGAUGGCUACGUUGAUUUAGAUUUAGAUAAUUGUGGAGGAGAAAUGUUUUUGCGUGUCUUACUCAAUCUUGCAAUGCAUGAAUACAAACCACUUGUUUCCGGUUCAUUGCAGUUACUUUUUCGUCAUUUUAAUCAACGGCAGGAAGUGCUUCAGGCUUUUAAACAGGUGCAACUGCUUGUAUCAAGUGAGGAUGUUGAUAAUUACAAGCAGAUUAAAAGUGAUCUAGAUCAACUCAGACUUCUUGUUGAAAAAUCAGAACUGUGGGUAUUCAAAGGUUGGACCCAGUCUGCAACAACAAAAUCAAAGAAAAGAAUUAGUAAAUUGCCAGAAAGUGAAAUUCCUGGUGAUCAUAAAGCAUCAGAGCAAAUUUCUUAUGUAGAUGAUGGUGCUAAUACUUUUGGGAGAAAUUUGUCAUUGGGUUCAAGUGACCAAGAUAAUGAUGAUCAAAUGGAGGGAGUUUCAUUGAAAAAUUAUAAAACCGUUUUGCAAAUCAUUCAAAGAUUGUGUGAUUUGUGUUUGACUUCAGAUGGUAAAAAAAACCGCAAGCAUGAGCAACGUCUUCUCAGAAACAUGGGUGCUCAUACUGUUUUGCUUAAUCUACUGCAAAUACCAUUCCAAAAAUCAGAUGUUCACAUGCGAGAAAUCAUGCAGUUAGCACAUAAAUUCUUGCAAAGCUUCUGUUUUGGAAAUUCUCAAAAUCAAACUUUGAUGCAUAAAUAUUUAGAUACUUUCUUAUCAUCAGGGCUGGGGAUCCUUGAAGCUGAGACUGUGCGUUAUAUAUUCCAUGAAAAUUUAAUUCUAUGCAAUGAAGUUAAUGAAAGAGUUAUUCAACAAGUUGUUCAUAGUAUUGAACAGCAUGGAAGACAUGUUGCGUAUUUGAGAUUACUGCAGACACUGCUAAAAGCUGAAAAUCAGUUAAUCAGAAAAACUCAAGACAUAGUUAUGUCUGAGCUUUCUAGCAUGGGUGAAGAUAUCUUGGUGUUUUACAAUGAUCAUUCUUCGUUUGCAGCGCUUUUGGAAAUGAUGCAAAGCGAAAGAGAACGUGCUGAUGAAUCUAGCCCUCUUUUGUACCACAUCAAUCUUGUCAAAUUAUUGGCAAGCUGUACCGAGGGCAAGAAUGUCUAUACAGAAAUAAAGUGUCACAGUCUUUUGCCUUUAGAUGACAUAGUUCGCAUUGUAACUCAUCCAGAUUGUGUACCAGAGGUUAAACAUUCUUACGUAAAUUUCUUAAAUCAUUGCUAUGUUGACACAGAGGUUGAAAUGAAAGAAAUAUACAGUAGUAGUCACAUGUGGAAACUUUUUGAGGAUUUUAUGGUGGAUAUUGGAAAGGUUGUAAAUACAACUCAUGACCGUAAACAUGCUGAUAGCCUAUUAGAAAGUUAUGUAACAGAUAUUGUUCCAGAAAUUAUAACAGUUUUCUUCAAUUCACCUUUCUCUGAGUCAGCUACAACAAUUAAAUCGCAUCAAUCUGUUUUUCUCCAUUUACUUUCUUCUCUCUAUCGACUCUCAUUAUGCUCAUGGUUGUCAGGUCAACAAAAGUAUCAAAUGGAAAAUUGUUUGAGAAAUCUUAUUGAAAUAGCUAAGCCUCGUGGAAUUGCAAUCCCAACAGAUUUAGAGUCGGAAAUUCUUAAUUUAGUCAGCAGAUCUAAACUUUUAAUGAAGCAUUCACGACAGUGGUUAAGUCAUCGACAACGCAAAGACUCAACUGCAGUACUGAUGUCUAAAGAUUAUCGAAACAUUAUAGAAGGGCUGCAUGAUAUUGUUGCAUUAUUGGAAGAUCAGCUGCGCCCACUUGUAGAAGCAGAGUCAUCAUUACUAGUUGAUGUUUUAUAUUUCCCUCAUCUCCUAUUUGCCCCAGGAUCAGAAAAUAGAACAAAAGCUGAUGAUGGUGGGUUUCUUUCAAAAUUGAUUUACCAUGCUAGUUUGCUUAUGGUUGACAAUGAGGCGUUGUGCAUAAAAAUUCUUAGAGUUUUGCAGCAAAUGCUACAAAAAGAAGUUCAUUUUGGUGAAAAGGGAGAAAGACUUCGGAAAAAUCUGCUAAAGUUGUACUUUAAAUCUGAUCCUGCUUUACUUGCUUCUGGUGAAAACAAUGCUGCUGCUAAGCAACAUGGGGUUGUUUUUUUAACUCGAGCUAAUAGAAGUUUGUAUGAUAUGCAAUGCCAAAUGGAUUAUAUUGGUGGAACUGAUCUUAUUAUUAAUAUUAUAAUGGCAGGUCCAACAAAUAGCGUAUUUUAUGACUGUAUACAAUUAGCAAUAUGUUUGUUAGAGGGUGGAAAUGGUACUGUUCAGCAAUCUUUUUUAAGAAGAUUUGUAACAUCAAAAACUGAGGCCUUUUUUCGAAGUAUAUAUGAACAAAUCACAGAUGCUAAAGAAGAGAUUCGUUCUACAAUCACAGUAAAUACAGAUGCUGCUUUAAGAAAAAAAGAAGAAGAUAAAGAAAAUGAAAAAGUUAGAGAUCCAUUAUCUAGAAGAGCAACAGCUAAUUUUGGAAAUUCUAGAGAUUCCCAUGUUCUUGGAAUGUCAGUUUCACUUAGUGAAGAUGUUAAAGAACAGCUUGCCGAGGCAGCCAGUCAGACAAAUAAAGCAUUUAGUGUUGUUCGUAAAGGUCGAGAGGGUGAUGCUGUUGAAGGCAGAGGCUAUAAUGAUUCAGUCAAAUCAUCUGCAAAUCCACAAUUCCUCUCUAAUGAUAUCUAUAUUAUUCAACCUAUAUUCAGAUUUUUACAAUUAUUGUGUGAAAAUCACAAUGCUGAUAUGCAGAAUUAUUUGCGUAAGCAAGAAAAUAAAACUAACCACAAUCUUAUUCUUGAAACAUUAUCUUUUCUUGAUUGCAUUUGUGGAAGUACAACAGGAGGUCUAGGGCUGCUUGGACUUUACAUUAAUGAGCAGAACGUAGCUUUGAUUAACCAAUGUUUAUGUACACUAACAGAGUAUUGUCAAGGACCAUGCCAUCUCAAUCAGGAUUCUAUUGUCAGCCAUGAGAGCAAUGGAAUUGACAUUAUUAUUCAACUGAUUGUGAAUGACAUAAAUCCCUUAAGCAAACAUAGAAUGGAUUUGGUCAUGGAACUAAAAGAUAAUGCAUCAAAACUUUUACUGGCAAUCAUGGAAAGUAGAAAUGAUGGUCAAAAUGCACAAAAAAUUUUAUUCAACAUGAGUCCACAACUACUGGUGGAUGUUUUUCGUCAAGCGUAUCAUCAAGAAGCUAUUAAUGUUGAAGAUAGUGAGAUAUCUCCAAGAGAUGUAGGCCAUAAUGUGUACAUUCUUGCACAUCAAUUAUCCAAACAUAACAAGGAGCUUGCAGACCUUUUGAAAGUUGAAGAAUGUAAUGAAGAAGAACCAAUAGAUUCAGCAUUAGAAUAUUACUCAAAAUACACAGCACAAAUUGAGGUUGUACGAAAAGAUCGUGUUCUUGAACAAAUUGUUUUUCCUAUUCCAUCAAUAUGCAAGUUCCUUACGCAUAAAGUAAAGGAAGAUGUAUUUCUUUCAUGUGAGAGGGAUGAGCAUAACAGCAAGGUCCCAGACUUUUUUGGAAGAACUGAAGUACUAACUAAAGAGAUGAAAUGGCAAAAAAAGUUAAGAGAAAAACCAAAACUUUUUUGGAUAAGCAGUCAUUGGGGUCUUUGGGAGGCAAUUGCAUUAAAUCUAGCUAUUGUUGUGAAUCUUUUAGUUGCAUUUUUUUAUCCCUUUUCAGAUGAGCCAAUCAAGCUUGAUAAUAGGUUAUCUCUACUUAUAUGGAUUACAAUUGUCUUGUCAUUUGCUAUAAGUGUAACUGUUCCUCGCCAAUCUGGAAUUCGUACAUUAGCUGGAGCGGUCAUUCUACGUCUAAUAUUCUCUGUGGGUAUUAAGCAAACGCUCUUGAUUUUAGGAUUAAUUAAUGUUUUGAAUCGAUCCAUUUUAGCAAUUAGUUUUUUUGCAAACAAUGGUACGUUAGUCCAACAGUCUAUACCAAAGAUGUUAAAAGAUAAACUUGUUUUUGCAAACUUGAUGUGCCUAGCUACAAGUUAUUUGGGUUUUUUUGUGCAUGAGUUCUUUUAUAGUUUACUAGUUAUUGAUGUUUUAAUCCGUGAAGAAACUUUACUUAAUGUGGUUAAAAGUGUAACAAGAAAUGGUCGUUCUAUUGUUUUGACUGCCUUGCUGGCUUUGGUUCUUGUGUAUUUAUUCUCCAUUGUUGGUUUUAUAUUCUUUCAGGAUGAUUUUAUAUUAGAAGUAGAACCAUCAAUAUCUAAAGUCAAUCCAUUUUGCACUAAAGAAAACUGCUCUGUUACUAAUCUAUGGAAAGCUGAGGAUAACAAUGAAGAUAAUCCAACAACAGUGAGAGAGCAUUCUUGCAAUAAUCUCUUAAUGUGUAUUGUCACAACUUUAAAUAAAGGCUUGCGAAAUGGUGGUGGUAUAGGUGACGUUUUAAGAGUUCCUUCAAAAACUGAUAAAUAUUUUGCUGCUCGUGUAAUAUAUGAUUUACUAUUUUUCUUCAUUGUCAUUAUUAUUGUAUUAAAUCUUAUUUUUGGUGUCAUCAUUGACACAUUUGCUGAUCUAAGGAGUGAAAAACAAACAAAGGAAGAAAUAUUAAAAAACACCUGCUUUAUAUGUGGAUUGGAGCGUGCUGAGUUUGAUAAUCGCAGUGUUACAUUUGAAGCUCAUAUAACAAAAGAACACAAUAUGUGGGAUUACUUAUAUUUCAUUGUUUUACUGAAAGUUAAGGAUCCAACUGAGUUUACUGGACCUGAGAGUUAUGUGUCCGAGAUGAUCAAGAACCGUUGCUUGGAAUGGUUUCCUUAUCUUCGCAGUAUGUCUUUAUCUGUCGGCGAGACUGAAAAUGAACAAAAUGACAUUCGUAAUUUACAAGCACAAUUAGAAUCCACAAAUAGUUUAGUUCAAACACUAUCUAAACAGCUUAAUGAUUUAAGAGAUCAGAUGAUAGAACAACGUAAAUAUAAAAUGAAAAUCAAUUUAUUGGGGGGCGCUCGUAAUCAAGAAUAUUCAAAUCCAUCACUAUAUAACUAUGUUCGUUAAUAUCGUCCAUUAGUAUGUAAUUAUGUUUGAUAAUAGUGACUUAAAUAUUAGAAGAUUUUGUUGCGUUUAUUUAUUACAAGAGUUUUUUAAAUUAUUUGUGCGGUGUUGAUAUAUAAUGCACGAUAAAUAUUUUUGUGUAUUUUUAAAUUGUGUUAAUAAUA